AUGACAGCUAUCGUUGUAGGCGGCACGAACGGUAUUGGCUAUGGAAUGGCCUGUCGCGUGGCUGCUGAGGUCAAAAGUUCAACAGUGAUAAUCAGUGGUCGAACGAAGCCCAAAAACAUCCCUCACGCUAACAUGGAGUUUCGACCACUCGAUGCGACUUCCAUGCGCCAGAUAAAACAGUAUACAGAUACAUUCAAAGCGGCACAGGAGCAGAAGCUGGACCUCCUCAUCAUGACCCAGGGUAUUAUGACGACUGCAGGAAGGACAGAGACACCAGAAGGUAUUGAUCGAAGGAUGGCACUGCACUACUACGGCAAGCAGCUUUUAAUCCGUGAAUUAUUGCCAGUGUUGAAGGAGGACGCCAAGGUCAUUAUCGUCUUUGAUUCGAUAAAUGGCAAUCCCACCAAGCUCGACUGGGAUGAUCUAGACCUGAAGAAGCACUUCAGUCUCGCGAGGGCUGCAAACCAUUGCAUGGUCAUGAAUGAUGCCAUGGUCCAAUAUUGGGUGGCGGAGCAGAAGAAGCAGGGUACCGCUAAAAGGCAUUUUAUCCACGCCUGGCCAGGCUUGGUCAACACGAGUCUAGCCAGAGAAUUGCCAUGGUAUUUACGACCAUUGAUGAAUGGUUUGGGUAGUGUCGUUGGUGUAUCACCGGACACUUGUGCAGAGCGAUUGCUGAAUGGUGUCACCCAGCAGGUAACGACGGGCGACCAGGAAGGUCGGUUUUGGAGCUACAUCAACCACAAGGGCCAACCGGUGGCUAAGAAAGCUGUACUCCCUGAGGAGCAAUUGAACAAGGUGGCUGAACACACAUGGAGACUUGUGGAUAGAGCUUCCGAAAGCACUCCUGCAUAA